AAAAAAAUGUCCCCUCGCGGGCUCCCGUAAGUGCAUGAUUCUAAGAUAUUAAGUCAGUGAUAAAAUGACUAAAUUCGUUAGUUCAUUAUUUGCCUCUAGUGAUGAGUCAAAGAGUAUCUGUGCCUAACAACAUUAUAACAUCUCAGWGUUUGUUAUAAAGCUACGUCUGCGCAUUUUAAAGCCCAAUGCUGCUACCUGACCCUGUUAGCUUAGCAUGUAGCACACGGAGACAUAUCAGUGCUGCUCCUGCGAGCUCACAGCGCAAUCUUUGAGCUCGCGACACAACAAACCAGACCGCUCCACACCACAACGACUUCUCUCCUCGGGUCUGUUUAGGACACCUGCGUGGGUUAAAAUGACAACGGUGAAGCCACGAAGCGUGCUCCGAGAAGCUUCUCAUCAGAUCAUUGCCGGUGGAUCCGCUGGUCUGGUAGAGAUCUGCUUGAUGCAUCCACUUGAUGUAGUAAAAACAAGGUUCCAAAUUCAGAGAGGAGCUUGUGACCCCACCAGCUAUAAGAGUCUGGGGGACUGCUUCAGGACAAUCUUCCUUAAAGAAGGAAUCUUUGGCUUCUACAAGGGAAUCCUGCCUCCSAUUCUGGCUGAGACCCCAAAGAGAGCAGUCAAGUUUUUUACCUUCGAGCAGUACAAGAAGCUGCUGGGUUUGACUUCCUUGUCUCCAGGUUUGGCGCUGUCUGCAGCAGGUCUCGGCUCAGGCUUGACCGAGGCCAUUGUUGUCAAUCCCUUCGAAGUGGUGAAAGUCAGUCUCCAAGCCAACAGAGACUCCUUCAAAGAGCAGCCCUCUGCUUUUGCUCAAGCGAAACACAUAAUCAAGUCUGGGGGCUUUGGACUGAGAGGACUGAACAAAGGGRUGACAUCAACACUGGGACGACAUGGAGUCUUCAACAUGAUCUACUUUGGCUUCUACUUCAAUGUCAAGGAUGCUAUUCCUACCAGCUCGGACCCCACGUUAGAGUUCCUCAGGAAGUUCACCAUCGGCCUAACGUCUGGAACCAUCGCCUCAUGUGUAAAUAUUCCCUUUGACGUGGCCAAAAGCCGCAUCCAGGGGCCCCAGCCGGUGCCAGGAGAGAUCAAGUACCGCACCUGCUUCCAGACCAUGGCACUGGUGUACCGUGAAGAGGGGUAUUUGGCGCUGUAUAAAGGAUUGGUUCCCAAGAUUAUGAGACUUGGACCAGGUGGCGCGGUGAUGCUGCUGGUUUAUGAAUAUGUGUCUGGAUGGCUACAGAAAAACUGGUGAAGGGGAAGAAAACGAAAAGGAAACGAGCAGUAUUUCCCUAUUAAAUGUGCCUCGUUGCUUAUUUUGUCAACUGACCUCUUUGACACCAGACCAAAUUUACGUUUUUUUCUAGUUUCUUUAAAAUAUAAACUAGCAUUACAAUGUUUUUGAAACAUUGUCUACUUUGUGAAUUAAAAUGUCCUAAAAACCUGUUUGCUUACAGAAAUGAUGAAAGCAAAUCGUUUAGAGUUCUGAUAUCCAAGUUUAAAUAAGUGUUAUGGGCUUUAAAAGUGAUGAUUCAGGUMGUUUCAAGUUGCAUUCUGUGAGAGGUUAAUGCACAAUCAAUAUCUCACCUGUUGUAGAUGGCUAUUUGAASGGCCUCAGUUUGGAGAAAGAGUUUAAUGCUGACCAAACUGAUGAGCUGAAGGUUCAUUUAGGGAAAACCAAAAAUACUGCCYUCUUAAAACAACCCGGAAAUUUUAUAGCUGUUCAUGCAAACAAGACUUUUUAAACCUUUUCACUGCGCUCAGUUUUACUAAACUUAUUUACAUGUAAUUUUAAGGUAAUUUGCAAGCACAAAUAGCCACAACAACAGCAUUUCUAGUGCAGCCCGGGGGCACAUCCUGUAAGAACAUCAGGUGGACUUUCUACAACACAUCCAUUAAUUGUAACAUUUCCACAAAACCAACUUCAAACGCUUUGAACUUUCACUUUGAAUAUGAAAAUGACAGAGUAAGUAAUAAGUACUCAAUAAAUAUUGUUAAACAUUUAAAAAUACAUAUUCUGUAUGACCUAACUCUGUAACAGACUAUUUGUAAUUAUUUUAAAAUUAGUCAUGUUUAUUAAUAUUAAACAUUGUUGCUUAUGAUCUAAAUAAGCUUUGCUAAAAGAAAAUAUGAGAAUACAACAAGAAUAGUUUCUGUGCUUUAACACCUACACAAUAUGUCUGGUUAUCUAACAAUAAGCCUAACAACAAGUUUUUGAAGGCAUAAACAAUAAUGAAUGAGUUCUUUGUAACUCAGAGCAUGUUCCCCAUUCUGAGUUCAGGUUUUGCUCAAAGCUUAUUUAUCAGUAGUUUAAAACUUAAUCCACACCAGUUCCUUCUUCUGAAGCUAACUCUUAUUCACACACAGCUGCUGCACCGCAGUGACAGCGUGGAUUCAAAUUCCCACGUUCAAUUUCCUUUUUUUUAAUCAGAAACCAUUUUCACUUCAUUCAUUUAAUUAUUUAAACCUACAAAUUUACUUUUUUAUUAACAAGAGUAUUGUUAUGUGUUUCAUACCUUUAAAAAAAUGUCAGGGUUCAUUCUCAGAUUUAAAUCUCAGAUUAAAAAUUCUUUGGGUUUUAUUAAUUGUUGAAUAUUCAGACACUUAAUUCUUACUAGAACACAACUACAUUUUAGAACAGGAAUGACUAUAUUGUUGUGUAAUAAAACACUUUUUAAAUUAUUUGAUAUUUAAUCAAAGUACUAAUAUAUCUAAUCAAAAUUUGUCUUCAAAAUUGGAAACAUUUUGAAUUAGCAAAAAAGUAUUCAUUGUUGUCUGAGCUUUAAUAACAAUUAAUGACAAAAACAAAACCUAUUCCUGUAGUAUUCCUGCUUUAUAAGCAUGAAGUUCAGACGCCUCUAUCUGCUUUUAAGAGACAGUAAUUAGUAACUUUUUUAAAAGUAAUGGUUUCUUAUUUGCAAAAGUUUAUUUCACAAUAUCGGCAUAACAAAUUUUUAAUGCUUUUUAAGGACAAGUUUACAGUUAGUAAUUAAGUUAGUGAUUUUCUCCCUAAACAAAAGUUUUACCCAUUAAUAUUUGUAAAAAUAUGAAAAUCAACUUGUGUUUUUUUUAUUAAUUUGCUUGUUGGUUUUUAUAAAASUCCUGUGAGCACACACUGACUACAUGGUUUGAAUCACUCCGACCCUUCAGGGCUCUUGUGUUCUCAUUCCAGAGCCAACCCAAUCCAAAUUAUAUCAACAAAAUCUACUGAAAGGGAGGUUGUUGUUGUUGUUUUUUUCUUUCUUCUMUGCAUAUUUGUAAUUUUCAGUGCCAUCACACAUCUUUUCUUUAAAACAUCACUGAUAAAUUACAGUGGAUUUUAUUAUGUUCAGCUUUGACUUUUUUUUUGUCAUUUUUUUCAAUCUGACUUCUAAAACUUUGCUUAAAGAGACGGAAAACUAUUAUUGUGCAAUGGUUAAAAAAUAAAAAGUGAAAAUAA